AUGUCACCAGGAACAGAAACACAGGAAUUGGCACACUCAAGCACAGACGACUCCCUCGUCGUCUACGACGAUUCGUCUUCGCCUCUAAUUACGAAUCCCGAAGAGACUUCAUCGAACCAUAGAACCGCACCAUCUCAAGGCGUGUGCAGAAGGCUCUAUAUUUCCCAUUUCCUUUCAACAUGGAGUUCGCGCAUGUUCGAAUUCGGUGCGGUUUUGUUCCUCGCUUCAAUUUUCCCGGCAACGUUGCUUUACGCUUCGAUCUAUGCUCUGGUGCGGUCGUUGGCUGCGAUCGUUUUGUCUUCGUGGUUGGGGUCGUUAGUUGAUCGGUCGAAUAGACUCAGCGUUUUGAGAAAGUCAAUCGUAUGGCAGAGAGUACCUGUUGCAGGCUCUUGCUUGUGCUUUGUUGCCCUUCUGGCAUCGAAAAACUCGGCCGUGGUGUUGCCAUUGUUCUCAAUUGCGGCUCUGCUCGCUUGCAUUGAAAAGUUGGCUUCUGUUGUGAAUACAGUGGCUGUGGAGAGAGACUGGGUAAUUGUCGUCUCAGAUAGCCUUAGUCUUCCCAGACAAGAGUUGAAUGCAUCAAUGAGACGUAUUGAUCUCUUUUGCAAGUUAUUUGCUCCAGUCUUUAUUUCACUUGUCGACAGUUUCUCCACAAGGGCUGCUAUCUGGACGGUCUUCUGUCUGAAUGCAUCCUCAGUUCUUGUGGAGUAUCUCGCCAUUGCUCAGGUCUACAAAGCAGUACCAGAGCUUGCACGGGGGCGCGACUCCGCGCUUGAUGACAACAAUGUACCAUCAGAGCCCAUGAAUGAAGGCUUCCUGCAAAGAGCAGUGACCUAUACCAAAAGCGCCCUCCAACCAUGGCGGGAAUAUGUAACCAGUCCCGCGUGUCUCCCUUCUUUUGCAUUGAGCGUUCUGUACCUCACCGUCUUGUCUUUUGGCGCGCAGAUGGUCACAUACCUGCUGCAUACUGGAUUUAACUCUCUUGAGGUAAGUUGUAUGAGAAUUGGUGCUGUCGUAGCGGAGCUAGCAGGCACGUGGGCUGCUCCCUUAGCCAUGAACAAGAUCGGACCGGUGAGGUCCGGACUGUGGUUCAUAAACUACCAGUUUGCCUGCCUUGCAGCAUCCGCGGCGGCAUUUUUGUUUCUGGAUCCCAGCUCGCGACUGGUUGCGCUCUGCCUCAUCUUGGGAGUUGCUCUGAGUCGGCUAGGGCUGUGGGGGUUUGAUCUGGCUGUACAAUUUCUGGUUCAGGAGAAUACCGAUGAGGGUACACGAGCACGCUUUUCAUCCACGGAGAUGGCGCUGCAGAAUAUCUUUGAGCUUCUGUCUUUUGCAUCCACGAUUAUGUUCCCUCUCCCAGAGCAGUUCAAGUAUCCUGUUCUUAUCAGUUACAGCGCGGUUGCAGUGGCGGCAAUAUGUUUCGCCGUAUACGUAAGGAGGGAGAGAGGGCAUCUGCUGCACACGUCGAAGUGUCUCGGUGGCGACAAACUCUGGUCACCAAGUCGGACGAACCGGGUCGGACACAGGAACAGAAGAGAAGCCAGUUUCUGA